CACACAGCACACCCUUGGCUGCGAAUUGUCGUGUAUGUCGAAGUCUGUUUAUGGCCGUUCUUCGUUCCCCUCCCGGACGAAAACACAAGGAGGAAAUCGUCUUGCGAAAGUCCUCGGUCAACAACUGAGAGACUACGACGAAAGUUAGCACGCGCACAGUGACUCUUGCGUCGCCCAUUCGAAACGAGACCAACGGUUCUGGAAGACGCCACCAGCCGAAAGACAACAAUAACAUACAAAGCGCGACCCACUCAGGAAGAAGUUGAAGAAACUCAACAAAGUGCCAACACACCCCUUGCGAGUGUUCAAGUUACUAAAAAAAAGCACGUCCACGUCGAUGCCCGGUCAUGGCUGUAUUUACGCGUUCACUCGCAUUCGAGUCACAACACGCAACUGGCAGGUAUAUAAGAUAGUCCUUGGCUUCAGAUUCAGCUUAAGGGCACAAGGAUUUUCGAGACUCAAGGUCAAAAACCAAAUGGUAGAGCUUUAAAAGUGGAGCUUCAGCUGGGAAAUGCGACGGAAGAGACCGGUCAACGAAGAAAGCAAAAGCACAAGACUCAAGCGUGGCAAGCGCUCGACCCUAACCGGGCUGACCCGAACAUACCCUGGUCCGACGCAGGAAACAAGAGCAGCUAACCGAGGUUUUUUCGGAGCCUGUUUCCAGGACUUUCGCACACACCGCGGGUGCAACGCCUUUCGCUUGCCAGAAAAAUCGGGGCUGACAAUGACAACACAAAGAAACCGACUCGAAAUUGCGUAACUGGACGCCUGUCACGCAGCAGAGUUCACAGCGCCCCCGCUGUCUCGAUUCUGGCUCGCUCACCACGAAAAAAGCCAACGCGAGCCCUUGUCAAGGUGCCACAACUCAAUCGACCUCGUUCCCUGGGGCUACGGCUAUGCCAUAUAUUUGGUCGGCUUAUAUUCCGAACUGGGGAACUGACAGGCUCCGAGCGCCUGGAGACUGCGCAGGAAUCCCACUGGCGGGUUAUAUUCGGAGCGGCGAUGCCCAUAUAAGAGAGACUGCUGUGUCAGGAGGCUGGGAGGAUGGAGCAGUGGGGUCCCUCUGGACUCGUUUUACGAGGUUGGAGCCGACUGCGUUUGGGGUUUUUCUCAGCGGAACCCAGUGCUUUAUUUCUCGACAUUUUUGUCGGUUGUGGAUUCGUUGUUUCCCUUUCCGCUUCUGCCACCUCUCCGCUCCUCUGCUCCAAAAUGGUGAAGAUCCGCGCGUACGAGUUGCGAGGAAAGUCGCAGAAGGAGCUGGUGAAGCAGCUGGAGGACUUGAAGAAGGAGCUCGCUCAGCUCCGCGUGGCGAAAGUCACUGGCAGCGCAGCCUCUAAGCUGUCCAAGGUGACCGAAGUCCGCAAGGGCAUCGCUCGUGUGCUCACUGUCUACACUCAAAAGCAGAGAGAGGAGGCGCGGGCCGCCUUCAAGGGCAAGAAGUUCAUCCCCAACGACCUUCGUGCCAAGAAGACCCGUGCUAUCCGCCGUCGCCUCACCGCUUCCCAGACAAGGAAAAUGACUGUCAGGAAGAUGAAGCGCACUCAGAACGUCCCCAAGAGAAAGUUCGCUCUGAUCGCCUAAAUCCACUCGCGCCCCGCAGAAACGUUUCGUUGCCGCCGUUGCCAAAAUUGAGGGACGGGACAGCUGAGAGAAUCUGAGCCUGAAUGCCGGGAAAAAAGAAGUGGAAAAGUCCGGGCUUUGAUUUGGACCUCUGUCUGUAAUUGAGAAACCUUGCUGCGCCUCUAGACUUUUUCACCAGAUCUUUUUUCGUCGUUCAAGAAAGGGAAGCUGAAACGAUUGGGGAAGCCAUACACCGCACACGAGCUCCGGCCGGCUCCCGACUUCCCCUCGUUUCUCAAGAAGCAGUCUUGUUUCUGUGUUCUGGCGUCUUGCGGCAGCUGUGUGAUGGGGGGCGGUGAGACAGUGAAUUGGGAAGGAAGACUGACUUCCUGUUUUUCCCGCUCUUUCUUUCCGUCUUCGGUGGUUUAACUCCUUUGUCUGUGCUGAAUCUGUUCGAGGUCCAAAAAUGAGCAACAACAGGGUGCUCGGGGCCCGGAAUGCGUUAUCCCGGUAGUCCUCACAGUGCACCUCGCAUGCACAUGGGGCUCGCCUCACGUCGAUUGACGAAGACAAAGUCGUCUCCAGUCACUUCAUUUUUUCUUUCACGUACGAAUGUUUGCCGAGACACAGAUCGCAGCACUGGCUACAUUUUUUGUAGGAGGAGCUGUCGCAGAGGUAGUGUUGCGCUAGUAAAACGCACAGAUGGGACGAAGUAGCACUGGGUCUGACAUUGUGAGCAGAUAACACACACUAAGGAAGCUGAAGAAGGCUUUCUGGUAAACUCCCAGGUCUAUGGUUGAAACGGGAGGCGACAAGAGAGAAAAACGCGGAUGAGUUAAUGAAGAACCGGCCUGCUUGCCUCACCC